UUUUAUUUAAAUACCUAAAAAGAAAAAAAAAAUGUCCAAUUAUUAUUUUGCUAUUGUUGGAGCGACUGAUAACCCGUUAUAUGAAACAGAAAUUAUACCUUCAUCACGUUCCUCUGCAUUUAUUGAUUCAAACAGACAAAAAGAUGAGCAUAAGCAUCUAAACCAAUUCAUUAUUCAUGCAGCACUUGAUGUUGUAGAAGAAUAUCAAUGGAAUACAACAGCCAUGUAUCUUAAAUCAAUUGAUAGAUUCAAUGAAUUUUUUGUGUCUUGCUUUGUUACUGCAGGAAACGUAAAAUUUAUGCUUUUACACGAUCAGAAAUCAGAAGACAGUAUAAAACAAUUUUUUACUGAAGUAUAUGAACUAUAUAUAAAGGUGCUAAUGAAUCCAUUUUAUGAAAAGAAUUCAACCAUUACCAAUCCUUCAUUUGAUAAUCGCAUCAAGCUUGUUGCAAGACGCUUUCUUUAAUAUGUAUAAUGUUUAUUAAAAAUUAUUUACAAGUUAUAUAUAUUAUAUAAUUCAUUGAAUUGUUGCAUCAUCGCCAUUAUUUGUCCAUACACGAAGUCGUUCUUUAAAGUAUUUCUCUAGUCUAUUGGCACAUCGUGCAUAAUUUGUUCCUUCCGCAUUAUAGAAUCUACAAUUAUCGAAUAUCUUUUGAACAUCUCGAAUAAAUUCAUCCAUUGUUUG